GGAGAACCGGGCGCCCGGAGCGACUAGUCACACCGGCGCGAGCGCCGCAGCCGAACCGAGCCGCCGACUGUGCAGAGGGUCAGCGUGGGAUCGUAGGGCAGGAACCAGGCUACUGAGGUCCCGUUAGUCUCAUUUUCAUCUUCUGCCAGAGCCAGUAGCAGUUGAAAAAGAAGGCUGUGCUUUUUGAACAGCCUGCAGGUGCCAGCCAGCCUCGAAGAGCAGGAUGGACCUUGACGUGGUGAACAUGUUGGUGAUCGCGGGUGGGACUCUGGCCGUCCCAAUCCUGGCAUUUGUAGCCUUGUUUCUCCUGUGGCCUUCAGCGCUGAUAAAAAUCUAUUACUGGUACUGGCGGCGGACGUUGGGCAUGCAGGUCCGCUAUGUUCAACAUGAAGACUACCAGUUCUGUUAUUCCUUCCGCGGCAGGCCUGGGCACAAACCUUCCAUCCUCAUGCUCCAUGGGUUCUCUGCACACAAGGACAUGUGGCUCAGCUUGGUCAAGUUUCUUCCGAAGAACCUACACUUGGUCUGCGUGGACAUGCCAGGACAUGAGGGUACCACCCGCUCUUCCCUGGAUGACCUGUCCAUAGAUGGGCAAGUCAAGAGGAUACACCAGUUUGUGGAAUGCCUCAAGCUGAACAGAAAACCAUUUCACCUGGUAGGUUCCUCCAUGGGCGGCAGUGUGGCUGGGGUGUACGCUGCUUACUACCCAUCAGAUGUCUGCAGCCUGUCUCUCGUGUGCCCUGCUGGCCUGAAGUACUCGAGUGAUAAUCAGUUCACACAAGGGCUCAAAGAAAUUCAGGACUUGGCCUCCGCAGAGAAGAUUCCCCUGAUCCCAACCACCCCGGAAGAGAUGAGUGAAUUGCUCCAGCUCUGCUCCUACGUCCGCUUCAAGGUGCCCCAUCAGAUCCUGCAAGGCCUUGUUGAUGUCCGCAUUCCUCAUAACAGCUUCUACCGAAAGUUGUUUUUGGAAAUCGUCAGUGAGAAGUCGAGAUACUCCCUCUAUGAGAACAUGGACAAGAUCAAGGUCCCAACGCAGGUCAUCUGGGGGAAACAAGACCAGGUGGUCAAUGUGUCCGGGGCAGACGUGUUGGCCAAGUCGAUCGCCAACUGCCAGGUAGAACUUCUGGAAAACUGUGGGCACUCAGUUGUGAUGGAGAAACCCAGGAAGACAGCCAAGCUCAUCGUCGACUUUUUAACUUCUGUGCACAAUCUAGAAAACAACAAGAAGCUAGACUGAGGCCUGGACUGCAGCCUGCAAUCCGCACUCUACAUCUGCUCCCACCUCCCAAAUCUAAUGCAGCUACCACUUCUCAGGGAUCCUGCCCCAAAAGUGUUCGGAGCACCAGCAUCCCUGAGGAAGCCAGUCCCCCUGUCUCCAGUCAGAUCCACAGAGCUUUGGGGGUCACAGAAAAAUCUCCAAGAUGUUUUUCACAAAAUAGGAACUCAUAUUGGACAAAAUAAGAAAAGCUAGCCUUCAGAUCUACCAAGAAGUCCUCAAGUUUAUGUCGCAAAGCAGCCACCUUAAACCACAAUCACCCAGGACAUUGUUUUCUUUAAAACAUUUCUUACAGACUGAGACGUGAGGUACUUCUGUUGCUUCAGAUGUUCUUCCCUGCAUGGUCAGUGGCUGUUGUAGGAACAUUAGUCCCUAUUUGCUGAGCCUGUCUUGUUUGUAUCUUAAGUUUUACAUAGAGACCAUGUCCGUCCGCUGAAAGACCAGGUUGGAAAAUGGCAAGCUGCAGAAAACAUUUACACACCCAUAUAUUGUCCCACCUUAGCCAGCCCUGGGGGCAGCAGAGGACAUACCGACACGUGGGGGCUUUGAUCAGUGCCCCCAGGUCAGGUGUGCCGUGAGGGAACUCAGACACUCCCCGAGUGAAGAACACCCGGUAGGGUGGGUUUCCUGGGAAUAGUGUGUUUUUAUAGUAGGACUAAUGAAGCAAUAAUGUUCUAGGUAUCUAAGUAACCAGACUUGAGUUCUAAGUAAUCAGAUGCACAAGCACCUCGUGGGCCUCUUUUCCAUGUUGCUGUGCUACUGACAACCCGGGGAUGUAACAUACUGGUUGUUAAUGAAGUCUGUGAAUUCUGUGAACAGUAAUGUGAUUGAAAAUAAGUCUAAGCAGCUGACAUGAAACAAGUGUCCUAAGCCUAGAUCAACAACAUGUAGACAGUUGCUAUUUCUAAGCUCUUAAUUUUGUGUAACAUGGGCAGAUUUUCUAUGAACUGUGUUAUAUGUGUUUUAAAGUGAGGCUUACUCUGUAGGCAGUGGAAGGCCUUGCUUGGAUGAUUUACUAGGUUCAUUUUAAGAAACCAUGUUUAAAAUUUUUAUGUAAUUGAAAUGGUACAUCAAAAACAAGACAAGAGUCAUCAAAAUUUUCCUUUUGACCCUCUUCUGUUGCAUUUAGGAAUCCAAAAAUCCUCAGGAGAUUGACUCUUUCAAAUCAUUUUACAGAGAAUCUCUCCAGCCAAGUAAUUCUGGAAAUAAAGCAAGAUAAACUUAAGUUUAAAUUGGAA